CUUAUCUGACCAGCACAUGUGUGGGUACUGCUCCUUGCUAGGUUGUGUGGAGACCGGAUCCUUAUCGCCCUCACCUAUACACCCCUAUUCACGGGGACAGUAAGGCUAUUCUCACAAUAACUGUGCAUGACGACGUUCGGAUCAUGGAUACUCUACCACUGCAAUCGUUAUUCUUUCUCACCUCUCUCUUACAAUCAUGGACAAUAGUGAACAGCAAUACAGUUUGGGACCAUCUCUCUCUAAAGUAUGGCUUAUGGUAUCGGCCCCCUCGGACCCCAGUAGAGGCGAUGCAAGCAGGAUAUAUUAAAAUGAAUCACAUUUGUAAAAUGGAUACAUAUCAUGGCUUUCUAUAUAUGCAAGAGGGAAACUACAUAUCAAGACUAAUAUUUGAUCUUAAUGACAAUUUAGCUGGGAUUCAAACAGCGAUUCCUGGCAAUAGAGGGUUCAACUCACGCAAUGAAACUAUAAAAUUGCCACCAUCCGAAGUGAUGCCGCCGAUUCUCCUCAGUCAAGAACAGAACUACAAGGGAACGCAGAUGUACAUGAUAACAGCAUACUUCAAGCACCCCAGCCUGAUCUGCAGCCCCUACGCAUACAAUGCCCACCCAGGCAAGGGCCUGUACAUCCAAAUGGGCUACAGAGUCGAGCAUGAGUAUGAGAGGAUACCCUUGGAGGCCCAUCAUCUCUCCUACGAGUGGAAGCGGGGAAACUGUAUCCCUAAGAUGGGUUUACACUACUUCAAGAACCUGUCCAAGAACAUGCCAUGUGAACGUCUGUAUCCAGUGUUCCUGAUGUACAACACAGAGGGUCAACUUGGAGCUUUUGGCUGGAUAUUCCAAGGAGAGCCAAUAAGUCAACCCAACAUGGAAGAUCUCCGCUGGUUCAAACUGACUCCAACUGUCUACCCGUUCACGUUUGAUACAAAUAUGCUUCCAUCUUGUAUGUACAACAAAGAGUUCAGUGUAUUUGGAAUCCAUAUAUGGCUGCUCAAUGAGGACAAAAUGCUCUGCCCACUUCCAACUGUCAUGCCCCAGACUAAACGCCCACCAACGACCUACAAGCCCAAGAAAACCAGGCCCACAGAGAACAAUAUUAUUGUUGACAAAAUUAUUCGUGAUCGAGAAGAACAAUCUAGAAGUGCUGCAAGUAGUGUAACAGGAGACAGUUUAAUUUUUAAAAUCACAUUAUGUUUAAGUGCUCUGUUCAUGAUGUGUGUGACGAACUUCUUUUCAAUUCCAUCACCAACAGCGUGUGAUUCAUAGGAUCAUGUGACUGAGCUACAUCAUUUGUUUGAGAAGUUAACAUUGUGAUAUAACGUGUCGGUCUAAUCUUGUAACUGCCUUAACACUACUGUCUUCUACCCUGCAUAGAAGAUCCACAAGAUUGGUAUAGGACCAUUCCUUCGGGAUGCUUACAUGAGACCUACAGGAUGACCUUCAGGAUGACCUACAGGAUGACCUUCAGAAUGAGGUCCUCCCACUGGAUGCUCUGGACAUCAAAAUAAAGGUGUGACAGAACCGCCAAGGUCUAUUCACAAAAUCUAUACAAGGUCUACUCAGGAUCUCUUCACAGGAUUUGGGUCUUUUACCAGAUCCAUGCAAGGUCUACCAGUAAAAGCAUCUGUUCACAGGAUUUGGGGUCCUUUGACAGGAUCUAAGCAAGGUCUGUUCACAGGAUUUGUGGUCUUUUGAUAGGAUCUACGCAAGGUCUGUUCACAGGAUUUGAGCUCUUUCAACAGAUCUGCACAAGGUCUAUUCACAGGAUUUGGGGAUCUUUAGAAGAUCCGUACAAGUUCUAUUCACACAAUCUGGGAUCUAUUCACUUGAUUGGGGAUCUAUUCACAGAUUCAUUCAAAGUUGAUACAGGGUCUAUUUAAAAGAUGCUUACAGAUCCACGAAAAGGUGCUGUUUACAGAGUCAUUCCCUGGACACUUACAACAGCUAUGUGAUGUCAAACACCAUGUUCCGAGAUCACUGACAGAUAUCCAAGAGGACAUCAUCAACUGAUACAAGUUCUUGGCCACAUCUAAAGUAUUUAUACACCAUUUAUCCAAAAGAAAUUAUGUCAAUCAGAACCACAACUGACAAUACAAAUUCAAGAUUAAGGAGCUAACGAUGCAACAAUGCCAGGGUCACAAUAAUGAGUAUAUUUAUGUUAACCGUUUUGAAUACACGAAUGAAUAUGAGGCAAUUGUUUCAGUGGAGAAGGUCACCUCAAUCCCAUUGACACAAAUGACAGUGAACAUCAUCGCUUCCUGAUGCCUGUUUCAUUCACUGAUAAUCUAUCGCAGAAUGACUUUCGAUUUGUUGUGGUGUGUCACAUUAUACAUAUCCAACAUCACACAGAGAUGCAAGUCCUUGUGUUCAUUAUCAGGUGAGGAACUGACACAAAGAGAAUCAGUGCCCUUGAUUUUAUUCUGAAAAACACAAAACUGGUGUUGUACUUGCAGACUUGGACAACGUGAGCCAUUUCUUCCAAAGACUUUAUCUGAAGCUUGGAGGACAAUGUUAAGUGUUGAAAUGCAUCACCCUUGGUAUUUGAGCCUUAGUCCUGUAUUUGUCAUUCAUUUAUUUCCACUAUAUUGAAAGAGUGCUUUGCUAAGUCAUUCUGUGUGCCUGCAGUACCAUUUGAUUCCUUUCUGUUUUAUUAACGAUGAUAAGUCAUUGAAGGAAUGAAGGAAAAACUUGUUGUUGUACGUAAAGCGUUGUAUCUGUUAAACAAAAAUAAAUAAACAACUCUGUAUGCA